AUGGAGAUGGGGAACAUCGAUAACUCUUCCACCUCCGCCCACGACAACUCCUCGGACAUCCACCCGGUGACGCACAGCCUGUGGGAGGUCAUCACCAUAGCGACGGUGUCGGCCAUCGUCAGCCUGAUCACCAUCGUGGGCAACGUCCUUGUCAUGCUCUCCUUCAAGGUCAACAGUCAGCUGAAGACGGUGAACAAUUACUACCUCCUCAGCUUGGCCUUCGCCGACCUCAUCAUCGGCGUCUUCUCCAUGAACCUCUACACGUCCUACAUCCUCAUGGGCUACUGGUCGCUGGGCAGCCUGGCUUGCGACCUGUGGCUCGCGCUGGACUACGUGGCCAGCAACGCGUCCGUCAUGAACUUGCUGGUCAUCAGCUUCGACAGGUACUUCUCCAUCACCAGGCCGCUGACCUACCGGGCCAAGCGGACGCCCAAGCGGGCGGGGAUCAUGAUCGGCCUGGCCUGGCUGGUGUCCAUAGUGCUCUGGGCGCCGCCCAUCCUGUGCUGGCAGUACUUUGUGGGCAAGCGGACGGUGCCCGAGCGGCAGUGCCAGAUCCAGUUCUUCUCGGAGCCCGUGAUCACGUUCGGCACGGCCAUCGCGGCGUUCUACAUCCCCGUGUCCAUCAUGACCAUCCUCUACUGCCGCAUCUACAAGGAAACGGAGAAGCGCACCAAGGACCUGGCAGAGCUGCAGGGCAUGAACUCUUCCCUGGACGCCAGUGGCAAUCCGCAGAAGACCAUCAUCAGGUCCUGCUUCAGCUGCAAGCAGCUGAGCAGUAACACCAGGGACCGCAACCAGGCCUCCUGGUCCUCCUCCAGCAGGAGUAACGUGCCCAAAUCGGCGGCCGUGUCCAAUGACGAGUGGUCCAAGACCGACCAGCCGACAACCUUCAACAGCUACGCGUCCUCUGACGACGAGGACCAGUGCUCUGCAUCUCCCGGCGGAAUGUUCCGGCCGUCCUAUCGGAACGAGGCCUGCCGGGAGAGCAGAUGUUCCACGGCGAUGGCGGCGCAUCCUGGCAACGGUGACCAGCUGAGCAGCUACGACGAGGACAGCUUUUUCCCCUCGCCGCUCAAGUCCAGCAGCUCCCAGAAAACCAAGAAGUGCGUCUCCUACAAGUUCCGACCCAUCGCCAAGGAGACCAGCCUCGGCGCGCACCCGAGCAAGAACGGAGACACCAAGGGCAGAGCAGGAGGCGUCGUCGCUGCCGGCGCAGGAGGAGGCACCACCUCCUCCUUCUCCUCGGCGGAGUCCGUCAACGCUCCCUCCGUCAACUCCAACUCCCCCUCCCCGUCCCCCUCCGCCAAGCCCACGGCCGACGGCGGCACGCUGAAGAGCCAGAUCACCAAGAGGAAGCGGAUGGUGCUGAUCAAGGAGCGCAAGGCGGCGCAGACGCUCAGCGCCAUCCUGCUGGCCUUCAUCCUCACCUGGACGCCGUACAACAUCAUGGUGCUCAUCUCCACCUUCUGCUCCGACUGCAUCCCCCUCUCCCUCUGGCACCUGGGCUACUGGCUGUGCUACGUCAACAGCACGGUGAACCCCAUGUGCUACGCCCUGUGCAACAAGACCUUCCAGAAGACCUUCAAGAUGCUGCUGCUGUGCCAGUGGAAGCGGAAGCGGGUGGAGGAGAAGCUGUACUGGUACGGCCAGAACCCGGUGGUGGGCGCCAAGCUCACGUGA